AUGGCCAAUCAUCAGUUGCUGUAUGGAGCGAAAUGGUCCACAGAAAAAAAGCUCGUAAAUCAAUUAGUUUUCCGAGUCGCUGAAACGCCUCCCACACUUGCAUUCGCUAUUUCAGUUGCAGUCGAAGGUUGGGUUCAAGACGUUGGGAUUCUGCUUAUACCCGGAUUUGUCGAUGAUCCUAAACCAGAAACAAUAUCGAUCCCCGUGAUUGGGAUCGCCGGUCAAAUUGUGACUGUUGUUGAGAACCCGAAUUCAUAUAACAAGCUUGAACCACUAACAAAAGUUUUCGUCGCUCAUGAAAAAAUGGUUUCGCCGUGCAGUGAGGUUGACCCUAGAGAUCCCGAGAAGGUUGACAUUACUUGCCCAUAUGAUACGAUGUUUUUCGUCUAUGCUGGCUCGAUUCCCAACAUUCCAGCACCAAAUAAAGCAAAUCUUCUCAUCAACGAUUUUGGUGGUCGUCCAUUCUAUUCCCGUUCCACCGUCACCACAAUUUUCACCUACACCGCGUGCAUCUACUGCUUUACUUAUUACACUCCUCCAAUAAUCGAGACAUUGAAUGUACUUUCGACUUGGACUCCACCAUACUAUCCAUGGCUUUUAGAUAGACCGUUAAUGCUUGAGAUGGCGGAAACUGUUGGAAUUUUGAUGAGCCCUUUUGAAAAUACGUUUCAAUGGAAAGUAAACGACUUAAUUGAAAAUGGGCCUGGCUUUUUGAUAAAUUUGAGAGAAGAGAAAACGAAAGUACUGGUGAUUCCGGGAAUUGGUGGAAAAACAAAGGGGAAACUGAUCGGGGACAGUCUAUCUUCCCCAAACACAUUAAAAUAUGUGAUUGUCGAGCAAAAUGAGGCGGUAACCGUUGUACCAGCUCUAGAUAAUUACAAAUUUAAUGGAGCUAAUGGCCCAGCAGUGGGUUCAUCAACGAUCCUUCGCCCAAUCAAUGCCGCUGCUCGGUUCUGGCCGCAUGACAUCUGUUCAAAGUUUCCGAGAAAAUUCGAUUGUCCAGAUGAGACGAUUUUCCAAAGUUAUGCCGGAGGGGACCCUGGGUUAAAUCAAAGUGCCAAUCAUUUACUCGUCAGGGGAAGAUCCGACGAACUCCAAAUCGAAUCCACAUCUACUGCCACUUCACUCUUCACCGAUCAACAAUGUGCUUUCUGUUUGGAAUAUGAUAUUGAUAUGAAAAGCAAUAUAUUGGAAUCUGUCUAUUCACUGAAUCGAAUGUCUUUGUUGUCUCCUUUAUACUAUCCAUGGACUUUUGAUUUCUAUCGAAUGAAUGAUUUGCUGAAAGAUGGAUGUCAAUUCCGCCGAGCUUUUAUUGCCACCUAUCCAGAUAUCGACAAAGAUUUGCCUACAUUCACUGCCGAGUUUACCCAUUUGAACAGUGGAACAGCCGAGUGGAAGAUUUGGACCAAUGAUGAGUGUUUUGAUGGAGAGCCGACAUUCACAAGAAAUUACACAACGUUGAGUGAAAGAAAAAUUGAAGAUUUUGAAGCUUCAUGUGUUGAGGUCUCCUGGUGCCCUUCAUCUCUCUAUGAUCGUCAAUCCGGUUUUCUUUUGAUUAUCCGCGAGCUUCCCACUUGUGGUUUCACCCAUCAAUUAAUUGAUGGGAACUCUCCAACAUUCGCUUUUGAUGCUCAAGAUCUCUUUUCAUAUUCAGCUAAUUCCACCUAUAAAAUCCUUCCAUCCACUCCCUCAGAAUUCUUUCUCAAUGCCUCCGAAAAGCCACUUUGGAUUGCCUUGUCCUUCAAGAUGGAAGACGAAGUGAACGUAUUGAGAAAAUUGGCAUCGUCACCACCAAAUAUCGGCUGUCAAUAUGAUCUUUUUGUGCUUUCAUCAAGAACAACAAAUGAUCAAAGCGAUACGGGUUUUCUGAUGACAAUCGACGAGGGACAACCAUCAUUUAUUGAGUCAUAUCUCGAGAGUCGUGUCUACAGUCUCUACAUUCCGCUGGGCCAAUCUUCUUUAAUGGACGCCAGUGUGACUAUUUUCGAGCUUUACGAUGGCUUUCUGGCUAUCACAUUCAAAUUUCAGAACGCUUCCGAAGAAACUAACGAAGAUACUAUUCAAAUGAGCCCUGGAGAUAGCUCUUUACCAGCAAAUAUUACGAGAGAGAACGUAGCGAGUGUUACGAUCAUCUGGUUAGCAGACACAACUAAUUCAUCACACGAUGGAGCUCGUGUAUUAGUUGAAGUGAAUGGAUACGAUGAUAGAACUACAAAAGAAUCUUUCCAUCUCUCGAAAUAUGUUUGGAUUUCAAUUGGUGGUGGGAUUUUGGUAACAACAAUAUUGAUAGUGGCCGGAUGCAUUGCUGGAAUCAGAUCGGGCUUUUUCAUUCGAGUUCUUCUAUCGAGAAGAAACCCAUUGGCUGCUCAAAUCCGAAACACUUUUUCAGCUCGACCAAUUCUAAAGCGAAUGAUGGACAAAGCUGAGAGGAAAAACGAAGAGUGGAAUCAUUUUUCU